UGCUGCUCCGGGUUUGUGAAGAAAAGCACGGAGCGCUGCGAUGAUCCGCCACACUAUCUGCCCUGCUCACUGAAAUAACAGCUCAAUACCCUCUGGAGCAAACUCUGCACAUCACUCCUCUUUCUACUGUGGCCUCGCAGGACCUUUGGAAGAGCGGAGUAGCAGCAGCGGCAUCGUCUUCUUCAUUUGGGGUUAGGGGCUCUGCUAAGGUGCAAUCACCACAACUUAUCAUAUCUGCUUUCAGUGUGUGCACCAUGUCGUCUAAACCUCACCCUCCUCUGAUGAAGAAGCACAGUCAGACUGACCUCAUAAGCCGCCUGAAGAGCCGGAAGAUACUCGGAGUCGGUGGUGAGGACGAUGAUGGUGAAGUGCACCGCUCAAAGAUCAGUCAGAUGCUCGGAAAUGAGUUGAAGUUUGCGGUGCGGGAGCCCAUCGGCCUGAGGGUGUGGAUACUCAUCUCCGCAGUGGGGUUCACAGUCAUGGCAGUGAUGGCCCUGGUGUUUCCUAACCAGCUAUAUGAGGUUGUUUUUGAGGAGGAGCUCUCCACAACUAGCCUCUCCAUCCGCCUUUAUGGAGGAGCACUGCUUAGCCUGGCCCUCAUCAUCUGGAAUGGUCUCUACACAGCAGAGAAGAUCGUCAUCCAGUGGACUCUGCUCAGUGAAGCGUGCUACUUUGCUGUCCAGUUUCUAGUGACAUCCAUCACUUUAAUCGAGCUUGGCAUCCUGCCCAACGCCGCCAUGCUCCUGCUCGUCAGCCGGGUGCUCUUCCUGGUGGUCACCAUGGCUUACUACUACCACCUGGGCCGCAAGCCGAAAAAGAUCUGAGUGCUCUGUGUGAUUCUUUCAGGGAGGGGGACAGCUGAGCACAGAUCACUAACAAGAGGUCAGAAGGUUUGGAAUAUUAUUUGAUUGGGGCUUGGAGCAUUACUUUGCCAGUGAAUGCCCCCUUUCCAUGGGACCUCGCCUAUUGUACCCCCCAGUAUUUAACAGAUGAGCACAGUCUCACAUUCCAGACUCUGCAACAAGAACGAGAGACCCCAUGGUGGAAGUGAAUUUCUCUUUCACUGGGCUUUGAGGUCAAGCCCCUCUUGACACACAUUCCUCCUUUGUGCCAUUCUGAGUGCCGUUAUUACAAAGGAGCUAGCAGUUUGUAGUGCAUUGUGUCACCUAGUUAUAUGAUUUCAUUUGUACAGUACACCUCACUCACUGUUCAUGUACAGCCACGUGAUUUCCAGAUUCAGUAUUUUGUGUUUUCUAAAGUUGCAUCUUGACUUCUUAAUCACACACAAGGACCGAGAGUUUGUGCUCUCGUUUAUUUGAUGCUGUUCAUGUUAAUUCCUACUGUUUCUAUGCUUAAGUGAAGCCUGAAUAUAUGUGCUCUUGCAUGCUUCUCUGACACCUUUUCAUUGAACAAAUUGAAUGGGGAAAGGCAUCCAUUUGUGCUUCGUGUAAAACUUAGCUUAAUGCUGGAUUAUUGACAAUGCUUUUACUGCUUACAGUUUUCUUGGUCAUCACACUGAGGAAACUUACCUAAAGGUCCUCUGUUACUCUCAAUAAUGCCCAUAACACAUAUUCAGAUUUAAACUGCGCAAAAAGUAUGCUGAAUUUAAACAUUAUUCAGGGAUAAAGUGAUUAGUUUUUAAUUCUAUGAGCUAUCAGUCAAGAGGUUCUACCAAAGUUAAUAGGAAUUGUGUACAGAAUAUUGAAACUACUGAGAUUAAUACAUGUUACGUUAAUAAAUAUGUGUGACUCGUAGAAGAGAAGCAGUGUGUACUUCCCUCCUUGUUGUGAGUGCGCUGCUGGGUAGGACUUUAGCCUGAUAUAUGUAAAGUAUUUUAACAAUCUUCUUUACUGUAACAUUAUUGCCACAAGUCCAGCAUGUAAGUGUGCAGAGCAAACAAACCUGGUUCCUCUUCAGUGUUGUAGCACAGCUUUUUUUACUUAGCCUUAAAACUACGUAACAGUCAUCAUCACUGCAUCCUACUUCUUGUAUAUAUGUGAAUAAAAGUAUUUACUAUUAUGUGUUGUUCUUAUGAACCGGAACAGGGAACAGUAUUAGUUAAAUGGUUUUCAAAGGUUAAUCUUUCUCUUGGUGUGUCUUAUUUUGUACGUAUUUAAGUGACUUUUGUCUUUUUGACAUGCAUGCGAUUUAUUCCACCAAAAGAAAUGGCUCUAGCUGUGUAGCAAUUAUAACGCAAAGCGGAAGAAAACAGUAGAGAUGUUAAUGGUCGUGAAUAGAUGCAUAUAAGCCUCAAAAAGGAACAUUUAAUUUAUGAUGCAGGUGAACUAAAUGAGACAGAUACAACCCAUCAAUUGACCCAAUCCAUAUGUUGAAUUUAUUAUGUUACCUCCCACUUCUUGGCACACCUUCAGGUACGCAACAUCCCUGCUCAGUGUUUUAGAGCUGAGACCAAAGUGCUAGUUUUUCAUCUCAACAACUCAAAAAGGCCAGUCUAAAGGUCAGUUAAAAUAGUUGACUACUUUUGUACAUUCAGUUUGAGUCAAACAAGAAACAUACAGUCGGCCUCCUCCAAAGGUGGGCCAUAUUGUUGCAAAUGACCACAUUCAGCCCUGCCCUCAAAGGGAGUGGCCCUGAGGUUGCAGUGAUUGUGGGUUAGCAGUUGCGAGUCCAGCUCUGAAGGCAGAUGUUACUUGUUACUUGGGUGAGCUCUCUGUUCAGAUAGGCAAAACAUGAAACAUGGGUGAGGUCUCCCGUCCUCCUGAAAAGUUGUAAUUAUCCUUUUUUUUUCUUCCACUGUUUAAUUAGAUGUAGCUCUCUCAAGUGACAUUGUGUGCCCCAACCUACUGCUCCGUCCUGACUAGCAGGGUAAUUAUGGAGUUCAGAAAAAUUUCAUUCCAUUUCCGUCGAUACUACAGGCCUCAAAUCAUCAGCCCUGUGAAAUGUUCAAGGUCUCUCAUGGGUGUUAUUUAAGGAGAGAUGGGCCGUUUUUUGGGGGGGGACAGGCAGAAGAAGGGAAGCAAAGAAAUGGGUCUUUCAUCCUCCUGGUUCUCUGACGUAAAUUAGUCCAAAUAUUGCAUUCCUAAGCCGUUUCCUUGACAUUUUAGAGGAAUAGUAACUUGGGUUGUUAAAUCCGUCUGAUUUAGAUCCAUCAUAUAUUGUUCUGUUGUGAAUAGGAUCCCAGGUCGGAUUGUUUCAAGUUGUAGCAUUGUGUUUUUAUGUAUAUAUGUGAUAUAUUAUACCUCAGAAAUGAAUUGUUAUGGAUUUUCACUAUUUAGUUUGAAAUAAAGGACUCUACUGUUUAUUUUGAA